AUGGGAUUGUCAAUUCCGGAAGAAAUAAGCCAUCAAUUCAUCGGCGAAAGUUUCAGCGACCGCGGGACCCUUGACCACCAAGAAGAUCUCCAGAAGCAUCCCUAUAAGUACGAUGAGCCAGUUGUGACAAGCCAUGGAAAGACUUGCCUAUGGUGUGAUCACGAAGGCAUGACCGAACCGCCGAAGGAAUAUGAAGAGCACGAACACCCAGACGAAGAGCACGAACACCAAGACGAAGACAACGUUGAAGACCCUGAUCAUCAUCAAGGCAGCGAACCUGAUGACCCUCAAUUGGAAGGACUACCUGUGGAUCAAAUCCCGCCAUUGCUAUACAGAUGUUAUGACAGUGGCUCACAGGGCGUGAACUCCCGUCAGGGAUUUCUAUCUGGUCUUUUCGCCAGCGGUGUCUGUUUCAAGCGGAAACAAAUCAAUGAUGAGAAAUUCGAAGAACAUUUUCGAAACCAUGUCAGUCCAAAGAAGAUCCUGACCCCGUUCAUUUCAACAUUUCGUUCGCCUUUGGCACCCCUCCAACGCGCAUCACGCAGUCUGAAAAUCGGAACAAUUGCAGUCAUUGAUACAAAAAAGAUUCGCACAGAAGUCUUCUAUGCCCAUCCUAUCGCGAAAUAUACCAGAAGCUUUACCUUCUCCUGGCGAGGCAAAGGCGAAUUCUUGAUUUGGGGGCAGGUCCCUGGCGAAGCUGUAAUUUUCACAAUCAAUUUCAGCACUCUGGAGCGAGUCGCAAUCUCUUACCGUGAUAUCAAUCGUCUCUUACAGUUGUCAAUCUUGCGCAGUACCGUACGUUGCAAUAAACGCUUGCGUGAUCAUUUGGCAGCAAAGCGAAAGUCGCCGUACAGAUCCGGUCGAGCCUUCGGCAAGCUCCUGUCUCUUGUCAAGUUUCCAACUCUCCAUUGGGAGCAUGCGGCGCACUGGUUUACGAAUUGCUGGGGGUGGAUUUGCAGUAAGGAAAUUGUGGAGUUUAUGCGUGGCUUAAAAAGUGAAUUCCCUUACGUGGAUGAAGAGCUUUCGGAUUCGGAGAAUGAAGUUUGCUUGAUCACACCCAAGCAAACUCCACACAAAUCGUGCGCCAAUGGUGAAUUGCCAUCGCAGUCGCUCACGGAGUCGCUCACGGAGUCAGAAAACAAAGGAUACCUGAUUACUCCACAGCAAACUCCCGAAAAUCCGAAAACCAUUCUCAAUCUGCGCCUGCAAUCAAGCACACAUUCAGACUCAGAUGAGGCCUAUGAGCCUCUGAAUUCUGAAGAAGACAUAGAGCGCUCGUCCGAAGAAGACGGCUCCAGAGAUGUGGAGAUGGAUUCGGUCUCGUUAGAAAACAAAACGGAAACGAUCGACGAUGGCCACUUCUCAACACACGAGAGCUUAUCAAGUUUCGAUUCUUCAAUCCCAAACCGGUGUGAGCACGAUACUCGCGAUCACCAACAGAUGCUCGGCGGUAAUACCAGUAAUCAGAGGAAUCUGUGGUACCGCCAUUCUUCGGAAACGGAAGUAUGCGUGCAUACACUGUGCCCAAUAUCAGUUGUAAUCCCUACACAGCCUCUGUAUCCAUCAUCCAUCGCCCUGUCUCGCGAGGAAGAGAUGAGCGAUGUCUUGAUUUAUGAGAAUGGUUCCUGGAACCAGCUCCAGGGAGAGUGA